AUGUUUGAUUUUGGAUCAAAAUAUUUUUUUACUUCCAAGGAUGAAGAAGAAGAACUUGAUUCUGGGAAUCUUCCUGCCUUGCAACAAAAAUUAAUAAUAUUGCGAUUUUUUAUACGAAAACAUCAACAAAACAUAUUGGACCUUUCUUUAGAACAACAACAAUCCGCUCUACAACCUUCUCAACAACCUUCUCAGCAACCUGCUGAACAACAACCUGCUCAACUACAGCCUGCUCUGCAACUGCUCAACAAACACAAGAUAAAAAUUAAGAUUCAAGAAGAAAUCGAAGCCAUUCCACGUCCAAGAUCUAAUGUGUCUGUCUAUUUUCACUAUAUUAAUAUUAAUGGCGAAGAGGAGAAAAGACUGAAUCCUGAUGUACCACUUUCAUUUUGGAUACCUGAUGAUAUUAUUCUUGAUGAUGAAGAAAUUCCAAAGGUAAAUAUAGUAGAUUAUAUUUUAGAACCUGAAAUUAUAAAUAACACCACAACCACCACAACAAAUCAAGAAAUUGAUAAAAAUAAAAAUGAAGAAAAAGAAAAAGAAAAAGAAAAAGACGAUUCAUUUGUAAUUUUUUGUAUUGAUGUUAGUGGUAGUAUGGGUUUAUCAAGUAAUGUUAGAGGUGGUAUUUCUUUACCUUCAUCAAAUAGAUUUCAAGAUUAUUAUAUUUUAUGA